GUCGAAUAUUACAUCUCCUAAUUUUUUGCCCUAGUGAUCGACGUUAUACAAAAUUCUGCCACCAGCGUCCACCUUUGCUCCUUCAAAAUUUCUCAAAUCAAUUGUUAUGCCCAUUUCGAAUAUACGUCCAGAGAAAAAUUCUUAAUUGAAUACAAAAGUACAUGGAUUAUAAGCUGAUGUUGAUCGGUAAUAACAUAUGUCGACCAAAGCAAUGGAGUAUUUGGAUAUCACGACAGCAAGAUCGAAGGAAUCUUGGCUUUGAAUUCCGGCAAUGUAUUAAAUUCAAAAUCAAGAUUCUCAAUGGUCAAACAGAGAUUUCGGUCAUUCUUUUUUUAAAAACACGUAAUUUUGAGAUACGUUUCAUUGUUUCCUUCAUUCACAAUUUCUGUACAAUUACAAAUCAAAGAUUCAUAUCAUUUCCAAAAUCGAAUUUGUAA